GUUUCCACAGUGUAGGCCUGUGACGAGUCGACAAGUCUGCUUCCUUGGGAAACUGUCCUCGAGUCGAGAUUAAGGUGAUCGUUAAACCGCAUCGGUUCGAAAUCGAGGCAGGCUGAAAGGCAGCGAUCGUGGAGUGGUACUUUCACUGGCUUGUUGGCUCGAGUCGAAGAAGCGGGCGAAGCGGAAGGCAGAAGAGGCGCAAAGUGAAACGGCGAGGCGUACCGCGUCCCUCUCCGCCGCUGGUCGAUGAGUUGAUUGACCCCGAGAAAAAGGCGUCCCGGUCGAUCGUCGGGAGAAACAGAAGGAGCGGGACAACGUCGAGGACGACGAGCGCGACGAGGAGUGGCCGAGAAGAAGAAGAGCAAAUUGGUGCUCCCGGUAGCAGGGGCCCAUGAGCAGCGUGGAGGAGAAGCUGCGUGGCGUGACGAAGCGCGGCAGCAGGCACGGCCAACGUGGAACCGGGACAACGGCUUCCGAUUGGUCGACAGGGGCCCGUUCCUCUGGUGGGGCUAGGGGACCUGCCCCAACUGCCCCCUCCCAGGCCCAAACGACAGGCUCCGCUUUUAACAAGCCCCAGGAGUCGAUGGGACCUACCAGGCGGCAGUCCUCGCGGGACAGCUUCGACUCGACGGGACAACAGGCCCCACCCGAACACGGCGAGCUCCUUUUCAAGGUGAUGCUACUUGGAGACAGUGGCGUCGGGAAGACGUGUCUUCUAACGCGAUUCAGAGAUGGACGAUUCCUGUCUGGCAACUAUAUAACUACCGUUGGCAUUGAUUUUAGGAAUAAAGUGGUCGUGGUCGACGACACAUCGAUCAAGCUCCAAAUAUGGGACACUGCUGGUCAAGAAAGAUUUCGUAGCGUGACACACGCCUAUUACAGGGAUGCUCAAGCUCUUUUAUUGCUUUACGACGUGACGAACAAGACGAGCUACGACAACAUCAGAGCUUGGCUGAGCGAAAUACGAGAACACGCGAAGGAGGACGUGGUCAUCAUGCUGUUAGGUAACAAAUCCGACUGCGGAACAGAACGAGUCGUGAAGAGGGAAGACGGUGAGCGAUUGGCGCAAGAGUACAAAGUCCCCUUUAUGGAAACUUCUGCUAAAACCGGCCUGAACGUUGAAUUGGCCUUCUUAGCUGUUGCCAGGGAACUGAAGGCAAGAAAGAGCAGCGACCCAGAUGACACGAAAUUCAACGUGCAGGACUACGUUCGUCAACAAUCUCAACGAAAUUCUUGCUUCAAUUCCAAUUGCCUGACGACCUGAAUUGCGCAAUAAUUCAGUGCGCACGCUUCUCUACGAUAGAUCGGGAGAAUGGUGGAACACGGACCGGAACUCGUUGGCCGUGACGAUGGCGCCAAAUCAUGAGCGUUCGAAAGCUUGUAAUUGUCCCGGAAACGCUGACCAAUAAUUCAAUCUUUCCCAACGAACGCGAUCUUUUUGCAGAAAUUUUUAUUGGAACGAUAAAUUAUUAGAUAAAAAAACAAAAUGAAUUUGAAAUUUUAAUUAGAAAUGUUUGUUCCACCGGAAACGUACAAUGUCCCUCAUCGAAGCACAAAUUGACCCGCGGGAAGGGAAUAUUUUUGAAAACCGACACGAAAUUGUUGUUGAUGAUACGUGUAUAGAAAUAUAGAAAUAUUUAUCGAUGGUUAAAUUCUGUACUGUACAUUAAUGUGAAUAGCAUAAUGCAGGGUGACGAGCCCUGAUGACAUGAUAUAGUGUUUAGGAAAUGUCUCGAUGGUUCUAACUUGUGCACUGUAUACACAAUCGUUACAGUGUUAGAAACAAUGAUGUCACACGAAAGCUCAUGGUGUACCAAGUAGAAGGAUGGUUUUAGAAUAACCGUCAUGUAGAAGAGCUUUCCAACAAUAUUCCAUAGCUGCCAUGUAUACGUACACACAUACACAUUUCAGGAGAACGCUCAAUAAUUUUUGAAAAUCUUGGUUGAAAAUCUUUCUCUGAUAGCUUAGGUGCAAACCAUUAAACCGCAUUUGAAUCACGAUUAAACGUAUAUAGGAUCGUAUAAAUUAUAAUCGUAAUAAAAAUUUAUUAAAAAAUUUCGUAAUUGCUUUUAUAAAUUUGCGCUAUAUUUCAUUUUGCUUCGAACAAAUUUGUAUGGACGUAAUGGCGUACUCGCGAUUUGAAUCGAUCACGUGAUCAUCUACCGUUAGACAGCGACCCUACGCAAUAUAUUUUCGACUAAUUUAAUUCGCGUUUUAAGAUCACCAAUUUUGCAUAUUGUAUUAUUUUUAUAACGUUACUAUGACAAUUUUGUAGCAAAUUCUCAAAACCGAAAAACAUCGAUCGCUUAAUUUUGUUAUACGACGAUUCCAAAAUUGUAAUCGGCGACAAUUUGUUAUAAUUACAAUAAAGGAAAUGAACCGAAAUGUAACCGUGCAGGUUACCAGUUGUAUAUGUACAAUUUAUCUUAUCAAAUAUGUACAAACGAUAAAAUAAUUACAUAUAUGUCAAGUGUAUAGCGAGAGAUAUACAUAGAAAAUAAACAACCACUCGACCAAGUAAAA